GUUGCCAUUUGAGUGACGUCGAUAAAAUGGGCGUGAGUAGUUGCGGAGCUCGGGUAGAUUGACAGCACAUUGACACAUCGCUUAGCUACGUUAUAGUGGCGUUGCAAGGACCUAGCGAGAACGUUCUGGAGGUGAGUCGAAGCAAGUUUGAAGAUCAAGGUGGCUAGCUAGAUGACCGAUUUUAAUUAUUUAUGUUCACUAAUCAGCGGAUAUUCAACUAAUUAUUCAAACGUAUAGAGCAGAUCAACUUGUAUACCUUUUUAAGCCAUCGUUGGCUAAUACUAUAACUAGGUUAGCUAGGUUUUCUGUGGGUUCCAUAUGUUAUCAUAGUCAUUGGCUAAUGCUAGCUAGCUAUUACUACAAGCUGACAGCUGUCAUUUUGUACUGAUUUGUUUGUCCCUUUGGUUUAUUCCAGAUACCCCAUUUUUGGGCGUCUCGAGUUUUCUCUGCGGGCUCUAGUACCCUCCACCGUAAGGUCGGACUACUCUUUCGGCACCGUUGCAGUGCCGCUCGGUCUCCACUUUACUGCAACCCUAACGUUACUGCUCAUCCACACAACACUUUAUUGCGUCUCUGGGCGACCAGCGGUGUGUUUAUGUCUUUGUUUUGCGAAAACGGUGAGUACCCGGACGACAGGAGCGACGGAUGGGAAAGGUAUUUUAACAUCAAUUAUACUUUAAUCCCUGUGUGGCUGUUGGUAUUGCAUUUAUUUCAAAGAUGUUUGUAUGGUGAAUGCGCCUCCUAUGUGGACCAAGAUGGCGUCUUCCUCCCCUGGCGUACUGCUCCUCUGUAUGACGCACUCUGCAGCACAUUGCUCAAUCGAGGCCUGGUGUGCUUCUCAAACCCCCUUCUCACCUGUUACAUGUGCGAUGAUUUAAUACUGAUAAUGUUCUUAGCUAUAUUGGCAAUUUUUAUAUUUUCGUGCCAAUAAUGGAAUUAACAUGUUAGGUUUAUCUUGAAACCCACUGUAGUGCACUAGGUAUACGUUAUAUGAUUCAUAUGACAUGUGGGAAUAGUUCUCAUGCGUGCAUUUUCCUAUGGUUAGUGUUACAUAGUUAGCAAGCUACAAUGGCGUAGCUAACCAUAUGAUGCCACUGUUUGUAGGCCAGUUAUUCCUUUCCAAAUGUUAUCUUGUACAUUGUGGUGACUUAACCUGCCAAGUGUGCCAAAUUCCUUUUUUUGGAAGAGAAGGGACUUAAAUGGUAAUUGGUCUGAUUGGAAAAUGAGCUCUCUUCGUACUUUUCACGAAAAAAAAGAAGGCUACUUCAGUACUAACCAAUAUGAUGGUUUAUAACCUAGGGCUGGGUGAUAUGGCCUAAAAAUUAUCUAUACUUUUUCAAAUUUAAGGUCGAAUCACUAUAUAUUUAUUUAUUUAAUUAUAUAUAUAUAUAUAUAUAUAUAAUUCUGUAAACUUUGUUGUACUAUUAAAGGACAAAUUCACUGCGUUUCAAACGGUCAACAAUAAUCAAAUGAAUUCAGGGCUUGUGAAAUUAUACCAAGGCUAGAUAUAAGCCUUCAACAAUUGUUAUCAAAAUAGUGUACCGUGCUAUUUUGCAAUCACAACUCUGUCUAUUUAAACGCCCAUUUUGUUAAUAUAACCAGAACUAAUGAUUAACUUUUGUAGCGCGCAUUUAUAUAAAACGAACACUGGUCUCAUAAACAGUCUCAGCACAAGCCCACGUGCUAGUGAAUAGCCAGCUAAUCUUUAUAUUUCAAGUGUAGCCAAGUUGGAUCUAUUUGCUAGCUAACAAGGAAGAACUGUUAUAAACGCCAACUGUUUGAACAGCAUGCUAGCCUGUCCAUUUUGUUUAGAUGUUGAAAUCAACUGGCCUACCUUAUUUCUCAUAAGAACUUGCCAGUUCCUUAUAAAUGUGUUUUAUGCUUAUUGCACAUUUUAUAAAUCACGGACCAGACGGCUAGUACAACGGUCUUUGGCUAAAAUGUUGCUAGUAGUACGUGGUACUGCAAUGCCACACGCGACAAACUGAGCAUUCAUUUUCCAUAAUCAAUGUUCAUUGAUACUCCCGUUUUUGAAGUGUCUGCUCUGCGGCCAAUUUGAAGAGUUCAGACGAGUAUUGUUAGAAAGGUUAAUUUCUCUAUUACAGUAAAAUAAUGUCUCCAUGUGUUUCGGGGUCCAUUUGACAGAUUUCUGUUGGACCACACCUCAAAUGGAGAUAAUGAGUUGAAAACCGCUUGUCAGAGUGGAAGUGAUAUCUUAUCUUUGUUGUGAGGUGUGUGUGUGUGUGGAUAGGAAGAUGCGACGCAAGAGUUUGUCGCUUGCCUUUGGAACAACAACUCUCAUUGUUAGGGUGGAGACAUGAGCAUCUCGUCAUUAUAUACAGAUCUCUGGUGUAAAUGGGAAGGCACGAAGGAGACAAGACCAAAAAGACAUGAGAACAAGCGGACCUAAACCGUCAUAAAAAAAAAAACAGGAUUCUUGCGAAACAGGCAUUUGGAAUAUCUCGCAAAAACAUGCAUUUUGAAUUAAUUCGAUAUAUCGCCCAGCCCUAAUAUUAGCAAAUGCGUGGGGUAUGUGUUUUGGCAGGUGUUAACCACAGAUAAGUGACCGCGUGCAAGGGUGGGAAGCCCAUAGGGACUCAUGUCUUGUACCGGUCUCACACAAGAUAGCUGGGUACAUUCACACUUCAUACUAACACAUUCUUUCUUUGCUGUGAUGUCUUCCUUCGAUCAACACAGUCUUCCCCUCUCUUCUCAGAGCUGUUGCGCAGCUGUUGGAACCUGUGUGGGGGGAACUUAGCCUACAGGCGCGGAGCUUACAGCCUCAGUGGCAAGACCUUUUUCAUGUCCGAGCCCGAACCCUCUUCCAGUCGUUUAUGUCAUCCCAUCUUCGCCAGACAGAGGAUACCAAAAAUUUGCAGUCCAAGAUCUUUCUAUCGUACUGAUAAAGCCCGCGGCCAGCCGUCAUGUCCGUCAACGUCAACCGCAGCGUGUUGGAUCAGUUCUACCGCUACAAGAUGCCCCGUAUAAUCGCCAAGGUGAGUACGGGUCACCGUGGACUGGAGUCAUCCCUACAAGAUCUGAUCCUAGACCUGUGUUUAGGGGACAUUCCUACCUUUUUAACAGUGUAGUGGUUGCCGUGAGGGUUUGGUCAGUGACCAGAGUGCAACUAGUCAAAGCUUCAUUCCCUUGUCUCCCUCCUUGAGAACUGAAAUAAAAUAUGUAAAGGAAAUCAAUAUGGUGGAAACCUAACCAAUCCAUUUUAGUGCUUGAGGCAAGGGAAUAAGUCCACGUAUAGUCUGAGGGUAAACUUGUUCUUAAGACACUGAAAUAAAUGUUCCCAGCCUUUACAAAAAAUACUUUUCACUAGAAGAAGCUUCGAUUUGUAUGUGAUUUCUUAAAUGUGGUGCUUAAAUGUCUGCAACCCCCCCCCCCCCCCCCCCCCCCCCGAGUUGAGGUGCGAGUUGAAAGGCAUUUACGCUGUCAGAAUGUGACCCAGUUGGAAGGAUGUUGUCCUCAAACUUUGUUUCUCUGGUCUCAUCCUCCAGGUGGAAGGCAAGGGGAAUGGUAUAAAGACUGUCAUAGUCAACAUGACUGACGUUGCCAAGUCUCUGAAUAGGCCUCCCACGUGUAAGUAUAACCCCCACCACCUCCGUUCCCAGGGACACCUUCAGGAGCCAAAUGUUGUCCAACUUUGCAGGUAGAAAUGCCAUGUAUAGAGCAGACAUGAUUCCUUAUUCUGUUAGAAAUGGCCCGUUUAUAAAUAAACAUGCCUCUAUCUGAACCUUCCACAACAUUGUCCUGCUGAACGCGCCCCAGCCUUUUGGGCACUGGUCUGACCCACUAGAUAGAUGCCAAUUUCACAAGGUUGUGAACAGUUUGGAAUAGUUGUUAGUACUUGUAAAUGCCUCUCUGUUCCCUCCAUUGUGCCCAGUCAUCUGUAACGAUAGGUUAAAAGGGGACAUUGCACUCCAAAAUUAAAGUUUGUCGGAUGUUUUCAGACCUCAAAAGUAGUCUGACAUCAAGAUGAGUCCGCAUCCCACAACGUGAGUUGUGUAGAUUGGGCAUAGGCCAAUGCCUCAACUCAAAAUGGAUGGAAAAGAUGAGCACAGCAAAUCUGGAAGUUAUAUGCUGCUUAUCUUUUCCAUUCAUUUUGGAUUGUGGAAUAUAGCCAUAUCUACACAACUGAUGAUGUGGACUCAUUUUGACUUUGACAAUAUGGUGGAACCCCCUUUCAUCUGUAGUAACGAGUGAGGCUAUGAAUAUCAGCACAAAAUACAAUAAGCUCAACUCUCUCAAACCUAUGAUGAGGAUGGGAAGGCUUUUAUCUGAAUGUAAACUGAAACAUAUUUGCUUCUUGUUCUCUCUGUCCAGAUCCCACCAAAUUCUUUGGUUGUGAGUUGGGUGCCCAGACCCAGUUCGACGCCAAGAACGACCGCUUCAUCGUCAACGGGUCGCACGAGGCGAACAAGCUGCAAGACAUGCUGGACGGAUUCAUCCGGAAGUUUGUGCUGUGUCCCGAAUGUGACAAUCCCGAAACCGACCUGGUAAAUAGUCCGGAAAGCUUUUAAUUUUUCUGUUCCAACAUUUGUCAGAUCCUGGAAAAGGUCUAAUUGAAACUGAACUUUGACCCACCCUCUGCUAUGGAAGGAUCAAAUAAAAGAAAGGUGGGGUGGGACACCAGUUCUUCACUAUCUCUCCAUUUUGGCUUGUGACGGUACUCAUUUCCUAUAUCCAACCAGGACCGACCGGCCUCCCUUUAGAUACGAAAUCCACUGUUUUGCAAAUCCAGGGUCACAUGCUGGAGCUUCCCAUUUGGUGUUUGCUUUGUUUUUCAUCCAAACAGCCUUGUCUGCUGGACUUGGUGUCCUCUGGCACGUUGUAUUGUCUGUACAGGGAGGGAGGGAUGAACUCGAUGGUCCCCCCCCCAACCACACCCCUCUGUGCUAUGUUUUCGCUGACGGGCAUGUUUCUAUUGUAAUUAGGUCAGCGCUGUCACCGGUCCGCACAGCCAGGGGGAUUCUGUUCUGCGGCGAGGCAUAUCUAGGCAGGGCCCGCAUCACGAGUCAAUGCGCGGACGCUUUCCGAGAGAACUCCAGUGCUAUUACAAAUGACCGAAUGGAAUGUGCACAGUGACUCAUUCCACAGCUUUCGGUGGUUAACUGGGGCUGGCCGACACUGUUUAGUUGGGAGGGGUUCUUAUGUCAGAGCUGAAUAGAAAUCCAAUGUAUUGAUGUCAGGUUCUAAACCUUGCAAUAAGUGGUGUUUGAUAGAUUCAUAUCUUACAAGAUGUUUUAUUAUCUGCGUAGAGGAUCAGCCCAUAGAAUUAGUAUGACUAGUAUAGCGUCUGUCUAUGGAUGGCCCUGUUCUUUUUUAUAUAAAGUGAUAGAAAAACAGUGGCUCUCCUUCGCUGCGGCGGUGCGUUUGUUCGGCCCCGCUUCCCCUGCACUACGGAGAUCCAGGCAGCGCUCCUGGAGGUGUCACAUGAUCCUUCCGUGGGGCUCAGGAUGCUGCAGUCAGUCUGGGGCCUGCUGUCGCCUCCGCCAUGGAGCCUGCUGGCACCUCCGCCAUGGGGCAGAGGCAAGGUGCUUGUUAACCAGGGCCCCUGAGUGCAAGGUUACGAAACGUUCCCAAUGGAAAUGUAAAGAAUAGGUCAGUUAAACUUGGAUUAACCUCGAAAACCUAGAAAUAAAAUCUUGCGUCAGAUGCUCGAUUAGGUUCAGAUGUUGAGAGCGAGAGAGAGAGAGAGAGAAUAAUGAGACUAGUGAAGUCUCCAUCCCCCUAAACCAAUCAUGAACAGACAAGAUCCAUGCACAUCUUUCCUGGCCACACUGGGCUUAUUCAUACAUCUGUCGCAAACCGGUCGCGUCCCAUUGGAAUGGAGUGAUGAAUAUGCAGUCUAUAUUGAGAACAGGAACGAACGGCUUGCAUUAUUCAUUGGAUUCCUACAGUAGGCCUUGCCCUCAAGCAUCCAAGGCAUCAUACUGUAUUACACUGUCUAGAAAAAUGCAUGUGUCACUGUCUGUCAAUGAUCAAGUCAGAAAAACGUAUCUUGCUAUAUUAUGGGGUGGUUGCAUAGACUUAGAUUAAGCCAAGACUCUGCAUUGAGCUUACUUUUUCGUCACAGGCCAUGCUUAAUCUAGGUCUGUGCAGCUGGCCCAUAGAGCAAGGGUACUUGAGCACCAUUCUUUUUAGGGGAUGAUAUUAAACAGAAUAUUGGGUCACAAAGGUGUUUACAGCAAGAACGCGAUUAGCUUCUCAAACUGGCCAUCCUGCGUACUGGUCGUGUUUACAGUGCCUUCGGAAAGUAUUCAGACCCCUUGACUUUUUCCACAUUUUGUUACGUUACAGCCUUAUUCUAAAAUUGAUUAAAACAUUUUCCCCCUCUAUCUACACACACUACUCCAUAAUGACAAAGCAAAAACAGGUUUAUGUUUUUUUGCGAAUUUAUUUAAAAAAAAAUACAUUUACAUAAGUAUUCAGACCCUUUACUCAGUACUUUGUUGAAGCACCUUUUGCAGCGAUUAUAGCCUCAAGUCUUCUUGGGUAUGACGUUACAAGCUUGGCACAUCUGUAUUUGGGGAGUUUCUCCCAUUCUUCUCUGCAGAUCCUCUCAAGCUCUGUCAGGUUGGAUGGGGAGCGUUGCUGCACAGCUAUUUUCAGGUCUCUCCAGAGAUGUUCGAUCGGGUUCAAGUCCGGGCUCUGGCUGGGCCACUCAAGGACAUUCAGAGACUGGUCCCGAAGCCACUCCUGCAUUGUCUUUGCUGUGUGCUUCGUGUCCUUGUCCUGUUGGAGGGUGAACCUUUGCCACAGUCUGAGGUCCUGAGCACUCUGAAGCAGGUUUUCAUCAAGGAUCUCUCUGUACUUUGCGCCGUUCAUCUUUCCCUUGAUCCUGACUAGUCUCCCAGUCCCUGCCGCUGAAGAACAUCCCCACAUCAUGAUGCUGCCACCACCACGCUUGAUUGUAUGGAUGGUGCUAGGUUUGCUCCAGACGUGAUGCUUGGCAUUCAUUCCAAAGAGUUCAAUCUUGGUUUCAUCAGUCCAGAGAAUCUUGUUUCUCAUGGUCAGAGUCUUUAGGUGCCUUUUGGCAAACUCCAAGCAGGCUCGUGCCAUUUACUGAGGAAUGGCUUCCGUCUGGCCACUAUCAUAAAGGCCUGAAUGGUGGAGUGCUGCAGAGAUGUUUGUCGUUCUGGAAGGUACUCCAAUCUCCACAGAGGAGCUCUGUCAGUGACCAUCGGGUUCUUGGUCACCUCCCUGACCAAGGCCCUCCUCCCCCGAUUGCUCAGUUUGGCCGAGCGGCCAGCUCUAGGAAGAGUCUUGGUGGUUCCAAACUUCUUCCAUUUAAGAGUGAUGGAGGCCACUGUUCUUAGACCUUCAAUGCUGCAGAAAUAUUUUGGUACCCUUCCUCCGAUCUGUGCCUCGACACAAUCCUGUCUCUGAGCUCUACGGACAAGCCAUGAGGUCGAAGGAACUGGUUUUUGCUCUGACGUGCACUGUCAACUGUGGGACUUUUCAUAGACAGGUGUGCCUUUCCAAAUCAUGUCCAAUCAAUUGAAUUUACCACAGGUGGACUCCAAGUUGUAGAAACAUCUCUAGAAUGAUCAAUGGAAACAGGAUGCACCUGAGCUCAAUUUCGAGUCUCAUAGCAAAGGGCCUGAAUACUUAUGUAAAUAAGGUAUUUCUGUUUUUUAUUUUUAAUAAAUUUAUUAACCUGUUUUCGCUUUGUUAUUGUGUAGAUUAAUAAGGGUAAACAAAUAUUUAAUCAAUUUUAGAAUAAGGCUGUAACCUAACAGUGGAAAAAGUCUAGGGGUCUGAUUACUUUCCGAAGGCACUGUAUAAUUGCAGGGAUGCACACGUCUGCGUAUUUUUGCUACCCAACUACACAGGAUUGCCAUUUUGCGUAGCUAGUUGUUGUUGCUUUGCCUACCGCGUAAGAUAUGAGACUUGAGUACUAAUAAGACCAUACUGAAGAUAACAAAAAAUAUUCUCUGUUCUUCAGCACAUCAACGCCAAGAAACAAACCAUCGGGAACUCCUGCAAGGCCUGCGGCUACAGAGGCAUGCUGGACACGCGACACAAGCUCUGCACAUUCAUCCUCAGGAACCCACCAGGUGAGCCAGACCUUAUUCACACGGUGAUGAACAACUUUUAGGCAUUCUCUGGGAAUGCCUGAGAAAAGCAGGGGAUUUCUAAAACGUUUUCCAAUGCAGUCAGACGGAAGGCACGACUCUUUGAAAAAAACACUCACUUUUAUUUAGCGCUUUCAGGAACUCCGCUUUGUCAGACAUGCAUGCUUUCCAGCACUACCAUUCUGGAAAUUCCAUUCAUGUCAUUUAUUGGAAAGUCAGGGAAUUUCAGAAUGUAGUUUACGGGGUUGUUCAGGCUGAGGCUUUUUCAAUGUGGGUUUAAAAACAACCCCAGCCGUACAAUAUGCUUAAUUUUAAAGCACACGUGAACACAGCCAUUAUUUUGUUACUAGACACGUGAGUUGUUAGUCUUGUGGGUCACAAACAACUUCUUAAGGCACUAGAUGAGUCAUGUUGGGUGGUAUUUUGCUGCUGAAACAUGAGUCAUCGUCAUGAGUCAAAGAUGAGCAGCAGUGAGCGUUGCCGUACCCUCAGAGAGCAGCAUCUGCCGUGGCAUCUGUUCUACUAGCAGUUUCUUAGCACUGCCUCAAAUCAUCCGAGGCUCUCGUUUUUGUUGUUGUUCAAUUUACUACACCAAAGAAACACAAAACACAAACACAAGGAAUCAAGAAAUGAUUGAGAGAGCGAGUGUGUAAUGUCAGGUGGUCUGUCCUAACUUCCUUCAUCUCUGUCUGCGAACAGAGGACACUGGGUCUGCCAAGAAGAAGGAGAAGAAGAGCAAGAAGAAGGACAAGGAGAACGGCUCCAGUGACGGAGAAGCCGCCAACCACAAUGACAUAGACGCCCCCGACGCUGUGGUGAGUACUAGCACUUCAUCCACCCAGUGCCAGCCAGACCCCGGUCAAAAAAGCAUUGCCAGAAACUUGAGGGGCGUUUGACCGACGUUGCGCUUGGGUUACCUUGACCUGUAGACUGGUCUUGAGAGGCCUACUUGCCGAAACGUUGACUUCAUGGCUAAGUUUCUGUAUCAUCCUUCACAGAUCUGAUAGGUGAAAUAUGGCAGAAUCUAGGUAGAGACAUUUCUUAGAUUUACCCAGUUGUCUCUGAUCCAUGAAGGGGAGUGAAUGGACAGCUUUCUGGAAUUAAACGCAACCAGUCUCCAUUCUAUUUCCUGGAUCUUGUUUCUCUAUAGCAUACAGCCUUAUGGGAAUAGUUUUUACUGUGUAGCGCUGAUUGUCUUAUUUUCAAAAGCACUGUAAAACUGAAAUGUAAUGGAUUUGCUCUAGGACGGUGACGAUGAUGACCAGGACUGGGCAGAGGAGACGACCGAGGAGGCCCAGCAGCGCCGGAUGGAGGAGAUCAGCGCGCACGCUAAGAACCUGACCCUCAGCGAGGACCUGGAGAAACCCCUGGAGGAGAGGGUCAACCUCUUCUACAACUUUGUCAAGGUCAGACUCCGGACCCUGUCCAGAAACAACCCAAUUUCUGUUUUGCAUGGACCUUGUCAACUCCAUAACUCACUUCCUGGGCCCUGUCAACUCACUAACACGCUCUGCCUGGGCCCUGUCAACUCACUAACACGCUCUGCCUGGGCCCUGUCAACUCACUAACACGCUCUGCCUGGGCCCUGUCAACUCACUAACACGCUCUGCCUUGCUUAUUGCUCGAUUGCAUAUAUGAAGACUCGGUCCUUGCACAGAAACAACCCCCACCUCCGUAGUUCAGAUUCGCCUCCGCUCUCGUCAUACUAAUUCCAUUUACUGUGGUCACAGUAGUGACCUUAGGGGUGUUAUGGAGGUGACGGGAUGCCUCACUCACCCAAGUCUUGUCACUUCUCUUGUGUUCCACCUCUAAACUCUAGACUAUUCUCCUCCCAAAGAUUGUUCGCUACGUCUAGGUAUUUUGUCAAUAUCUGUUUUGCCAGGGCCUUUUCAACGCCAUAACAUACUGCUUUGCUUAUUGCUUGCUUACAUUAAUGUAUAGAUGUAUCCAAAUGGGUUUGAUAGACUCCACAAGGAAAUAAACCUGCGCUAAGCAGAGUGCAGAUGCACCAUGGUAUGUAACUACAUUGUUGUUGCCUUUGGACAGGUCUAUGUUGAUAAAAAAAAUAAAAAAGAUUUUAAUCUAUCAAUUGUAUAAGGAUGAAUAAAGAAAAUGAGGGGGAAGCCAAAUCAAGAUGUCCUCACAACUGUUUGAGAGUGAGAUGUCGUCUCUUGGUGGCUCACUCCAUCGCUCCCUCCACAGCAAAAGAAGGAGGACGGUGCCGUCGACUCCUCGGAUAAAGAGAUCCUGGCGGAGGCGGAGCGUCUGGACGUGAAGGACACUGCCCCGCUGAUCCUGACAGAGCUGCUGAUGGACGAGAACAUCCGUGACCAGAUCAAGAAGUACAAACGCCACUUCCUCAGAGUGAGUCCCUCUUAGCUUUACUGUGUGACUGUUCUGGCUCCUUAAUACCUUAUCUCUGCGCCAUAACUCAAAUUUGUAAUGAGGGUCAGUGUUGUCACACUAAUUGUUUGGCAUAACGUCAACAAAAUUCAUUGUGGCAAUAGAUACAGCUAUAAACCUGCUGUUGGAUUUUACUCAAUCUUCACCUUCCAUUAUUUUAUUUUUUUUAUGAUGCUCUCUGGUGUCUAGUUUACCCACAACAACAAGAAGGCCCAGAAGUACCUCCUGGGGGGCUUUGAGUGUCUGGUGAAGCUACACCAGACCCAGCUGCUGCCCCGCGUGCCCAUCGUCCUCAAAGACCUGUACGACGCCGACCUGCUGGAGGAGGACGUCAUCCUGGCCUGGGCAGAGAAGGUAACUGGGAUGGACAUCAACAGGGUUAAAGGGUUGUAACUGAGAUGACAGGAUAAAACUAUUUUGAGAGAAUGUAUUUUUAGACAUGCCUCAUCCAAGAUAUUUGACAUAUUAAACUGACUAAAGGCAGUAACCUACACUAGAACCUGUUGAGACUCCCCCAUCCUACCUUUAACACAUCAACUCUGUGUGUCAGGUGUCCAAGAAGUACGUGUCCAAGGAGUUGGCCAAAGAGAUCCAUGCCAAGGCUGCGCCCUUCAUCAAGUGGCUGAAGGAGGCAGAAGAGGAGAGCGAGGGCAGCGGGGCAGAUGAGGAGGAAGAUGAAGAUAACUUGGAGGUAAUUAGUUAUUGCUGCCACUGAUUUUACCUGAAGACAGUCAUUCCCGUCAUACACAUAUAGACAUUGGUUUGGUGUUAUUGCAUUGAAAUGCAAAUGAUCACUGUCACAAGCUUUCAGCUCUCCAUGGACCUAUUCAGAUAGAAAUGUGAAGAGCUGACACGAUGCCCUACUCUGCAUGACAGAGCACCGUCUGUUCUGCUCCGUACAUUUCUAUCUAACCAUUCUGUUUAUUGUGCAUACUACUGAAGCUCCUGGUGAGAAAUGAGUGGCACCGGAGUGUCUUAAUUUCACCUAAUUAACAUUUCCCUCACUCCACUUCGCUCCCCCCAGGUGGUCUACUCAUCCUCUGCCCGAGAGCUGAAAGUGGAGACUGUGAAACCAGAGAAGCCUGCGGAGGAAGAAGACGACCUUGACAUCGACGCCAUCUAGAAACAAAACAAGCCUCCACCUACCGGAGUUUUGGAACAUCAAUUUUGCAUGCCUCCACCCCUCCCACUACCUUCCAGCUUUUCUAGAUGAUUCUAUUUACUUUGCGCCUGUGUUAUCAAGCUCGCUAGAUGGAUUGAUGUUUGUAUAUGGGUGGAGAGUUUAUUUUGUAGUUUAUACUAGAGCGCUAAAUGCACUGAAUUUGUUUACUCAUGUAUUUUGCUUCUCCAAUCAAUUAAAGAAUGUUUGCCACAUAUAGAUUGUGUUGUUUCUGAAGUUAAUCCGUUUCAGGUGUUUUCAUGGUUGCCAGGGGGGGAGAUCCGGUAGUGGCGUACUGAAUAUAGGGGCAAAGCUGACCAUGACUUGGACUGGUGCCGUUUCCUCUUCCAAGUCUGUAGU